AUGAGUUCUAUGCCAAAACCAGAAAGACAUGCUGAAUCAUUGCUUGACAUUUGUCAUGAUACUAACUCUUCUCCCACUGAUAUGAUGGCAGUUACUACAAACCAAAAUAUAACCUUGCAAAGUAUCAGCAGCAGUGAGGAGUUUGACCAAGAUGAGGAUUGCAGUCGUUCCAUAUUGCUUAGUGAAGGAGGAGACCCAAGUGGUGAUGGACAAGAUUGGCAACCCAGGAUAGAAGGUGUUGAGAUUAUUGUUACUUUUCCAAGAGAUGCCACUUAUCCCCAAGAAAUAAGCAGAGAAGAUUUACAAGAAAACAAUCAGAUAACCCCAGUGAAUCGAGAAAGGGCACGAGCACAUUCUGUUUCUCUUCCAAAUGAAAUUCACAUGCUAGACUUCCGAUCAAAGACACUGAAAAUGGGUCAGAAGAAAGAGGAAAUUUCCAAGGAUCUCUGUGAUGCAAAGGUGGGCUUUUUGUUUCCAAGACCUUGCCUAGAACCAAGCAUCUCAACAUCUGUAGCCAGAGAAGAUGUUCCUCACUUUCUGAAGGAGCAGCAAAGAAAAUCUGAAGAGUUUUCUACUUCUGAUAUGAAGUAUAGUAGCCGAAGAAUUGAGUUCCCUCUGCCACCAUUAUCACUUUUGCCCAUGAAACCUGGUCUUCAUACUGUCCCCCAAAAUCACAAGGAUCAAAAAGAGAGAGAGAGAAAUAUUCUGAAUUUUGUAUCUUGCAAACCUAAGCUGUCAGAGCCCAGAAGUCAAUCUGAUGAGUUUAGACCAUCAAACAAGCAGGAAGAAGUUCUGUUUAAGGUGUUUGUGGAUCAGACUUUCAGGUCCUCUGAUAGCUCUAUUUGGUCCAGAAACAUGUGCUCUUUUUGGAAGGCUAACCAUCACAGACAACACAUGGAGAUGGAGAACAGGAAGUCCAAGGAAACAGAAGGAAGUGACAAAAUUGCAGUCUCUCACUUUGAGAAAGGACAAUCUUUCGUGUCCUUUGAGAAUUGUAAGGAAAGCAGUUUUCCCACAGAUAGGGAAGUGGAUAUUGACUGCCUUGGUUGUGAAAUGAGAAAAGCAGAAGAGAAUUCUCAACAUCUUUCACCAGGAAAGAAAGAGGAUUCAGUAGCCAGAAACGUGUUUAUAAAUUUUGAAGUUGGAUGUGCCAUGCCAAUCAAGUUCCAAGAAGACCAGCUUUCAGAAAAUAUUCUAAGUCAGGAUGAAUUGACUAGAAAUGAUAAGCCUGAUUUAAAAAGUACUUCAGUACAUAAAGGUAAAGCAAUUGAGCCAAAUCAUAUUUUAGAAGAGUAUACUGUCCUUAAGAGUUUGUCCAACGUAGUCCCUGAUGGCCCCAUUGAAAAGCUCCCACAAGGUCCGAGAUGCACAGAGACAAACAUAAAAAUGUCAGGGGCAGAGGCAACCAAACCGGAAAUGAAUGGGAUGGUGCCUCUUAUCCACAUCACUUUCCCUGGAGAUGAAACUUCCAAGGAACCAGCGAUAGCCAAACCAAGCCUCCAAAAAAGAAAGGGCACUCUUCCCAGCAACAAUAACUUCAAUAUCCUUGCACAUCAAGAAAAUGACAGGCAUAAGAUGAAAAACCCCAGAAAUAAGUUGGAGUCAAAGACUAAGACCAGUAAUAGGACACCCCAGAAUUUCAUGAUUUCCAUUGAAGGUUCCAUUAAGCCUACCAUACAUAAAACCAGCAUAAAAACUCCAGUUUUCCCUGCUUUGGAGCUUGGUGACCCCAGACAUCGGCAACCACCCAAGUUUCAGCGGAGAAUGCCACAGACAGAAAAGAAGCAAUCAACUUACCGGGCUCUGAAACCUAAAAAGCAAUCUUUUCCUUGCAUUGGUAAGAAUCCAGGAAUAAAAAAGUCUUCUAUUCCUCUCUCUGCUCAACCAACAGAGCCAAGACUAAAUUACCUAGAUCUUAAGUAUAGUGACAUGUUCAAAGAAAUCAACUCAACUGCUAAUGGGCCUGGAAUCUAUGAAAUGUUUGGGACCCCUGUUUAUUGUCACAUGAGAGAGGCUGAACGUCAUGAGAGCAAAUAUUAUCGAGAGAUAUGCUCAGCUCCAUCUGGCAGAUGUAUUACCAAUAAAUGUCGAUCUUCACACAGUGAGAGGAGUGGCAAUAGCAGAACACGAUUUUCUCAGAAAAGACCACAUGUUAAACCCACAAAGGUUUCGCUUGGCAUUAAACAAAAGAACAAAAUUUUAAUUUCUAAAGAAAAGGGUUACAAAGCUGUAGGUAGCAACUUAGAAGACAUUGAAAAUGGUGAUGAUACUUCAGGUUCAGAGUGGCAGAUAAAGUCUUCAGGAAAUGACUUUCUCUCUUCUAAUGAUGAAGUUCAGUCCUUGAACUUGGCUCUGCCUCAUGAACGGUCCACUGAACAGAAUGAAUUAAUUCCUGUUUCAGAUUUGUCCACUGUUGAAGAAGUCUCUAUGGAAGAGUCUGCUGAUGAAGGAGAUAUUUCUAACAAUCAAAUACUUGCCAUGAGCCUCAGAGAUCUGCAGAAACUUGAAGAACUACAUCACCAGACCCCAUAUGUCCUUUCAGAAAACAGCUGGGCAGUGCCCAGUGAGAAUUCCAACAAGCAUGUACUGCAAGAAAAGCAGAAUACAGCAUCUCUUGGUAAAAUAGAUGCCAACCAAAUUUUAACUAAUGAUGUAGGGCUCAAAAGUGUUUUAGAUAAGUCUGAGAGACUUAUGAGUUUCUCUUUCCAAGAGAAACAACAGAGUGCAUCUUCCCAAGCAUAUCAACAUUGGGCACAUUCUUUGGAUCAUGAUAGUUUAGCUAAUGAAUCAAUUACAUAUCAAACAUUUGGACAAACUUUAAGUUAUGCAAAUUCAAUUUCACAAGAAAUUCUGGAUUCUGUAAAGAAUGAUGAAUUGACAGAUGAACUAUUAGGAUGUCUAGCUGCAGAACUAUUAGCUCUUGACGAGAGAGGUAACGCCUCUUGCCAAAUAAUGGCAAAUGAAACAGAUCCUGAAAACCUAAAUCUUGUCUUCAGUAGGAGAGGACAAACCACACAAGAAUUGGGCGGAGAGACAACCAAUGUUAAAAUACAGAGAUAUAGUAAUGGGUUCGGGAUAUGUGACAAGGAGAAGAAAUUUCUUACCUCAAAUGAAAAGAAGACAUUUUCUGAAAAUAGCUUAAAGUAUGAAGAAUCUAUCCUGUGGACUAAGGGAGAGGUCCUUGGGAAGGGAGCCUAUGGCACAGUAUAUUGCGGUCUUACUAGCCAAGGACAACUAAUAGCUGUAAAACAGGUGGCUUUGGAUACCUCUGAUAAAUUAGCUACUGAAAAAGAAUACCAGAAACUACAGGAAGAAGUAGAUUUGCUCAAAGCACUGAAACAUGUUAACAUUGUGGCCUAUUUGGGGACAUGCUUGGAAGAGAACAUCGUAAGCAUUUUCAUGGAGUUUGUUCCUGGUGGCUCAAUUUCUAGUAUUAUAAACCGUUUUGGGCCAUUGCCUGAGAUGGUGUUCUGUAAAUAUACAAGACAAAUUUUGCAAGGUGUUGCUUAUCUCCAUGAGAACUGUGUGGUGCAUCGAGAUAUCAAAGGAAAUAAUGUUAUGCUCAUGCCAACUGGAAUAAUAAAGCUAAUUGACUUUGGCUGUGCCAAGCGUUUGGCUUGGGCUGGCUUAAAUGGCACCCACAGUGACAUGCUUAAGUCCAUGCAUGGGACUCCAUAUUGGAUGGCCCCGGAAGUCAUCAAUGAGUCUGGAUAUGGAAGGAAGUCGGACGUCUGGAGCAUUGGCUGCACUGUGUUUGAGAUGGCCACAGGGAAGCCUCCACUGGCUUCCAUGGACAGGAUGGCAGCCAUGUUUUACAUUGGAGCACACCGAGGGCUGAUGCCUCCUUUGCCAGAACACUUCUCAGAAAAUGCAGUGGACUUUGUGCGUGUGUGCCUGACCAGAGACCAGCACGAGCGACCUUCUGCUGCCCAGCUCCUGAAGCACUCUUUCUUGAUGAGAAGUCACUGAAUAUACAUCAACUUUUCGUUCCAGCUCCAUUAUAGAUAUACACCGUGAUUGCUUCAUUGUGGGAAUGAUGGUUAAAGGACUUUUGUUUUCUUACUGUUAAAACAACUCAACCCAAUUUAACCAGAUCCUGCAGUGUCACUAACUAAAAUGUUUUAGUUAAAUGUUAGUCUUAAGCUUCAGGUAUGGUUACCCAUGUAUAUGAGAACAUUUUCUUAAACAGUAAAAACAAAAAACCUAUUGCAGUGUUUACAGUUUUGACUAUCCAGGAAUACAUUCUCUAUUGCCUUCUGUUAUCCUUCCUUUUACU